AUGGGGAGCAGGGUUUGGUUGAGAGGGCGCAGCAAAGGUAAAGAUAAAACCGAUGGUGAGAGGAGAGUGAAACAAAAAAUCUGCGAUUUAACAAUUUAUUCUUUCGCAAACGGGUUUCUUUCGACGAGAUAUUCCAUUUCCUGAGAAGGAUCUGAGAGAGCCUGACCUCAAAAACACAGAAUGGACGGUGGCCACGUCGAUCAAAAUGCGGCAGACAAACAGGCACCUGUGGACUACGGGGUCCAAAUACGUUUCAUCGACAACCUCCAGGGCACCCACAAAGUCAAGAAACCCAAGAAGAAUUCGGCCAAGUCGGGAACCUACGGCGUGGUGGUGAGAGUCCAAGGGAUUUCGGGCCAGCCGUUUGUGGUGUUGAAUAAUAGCGACGGAGCCCCGACAGCGCCUGGAGCCUCUGGCAGAGCGGAUGGGAGCAUUAAGGACACUGUCCGCGAAGGGAACGGCGACAUUGUAGCCGGCGCGCAGACACGGAGAGCGGGCGCCAGAGCAACUGAGUUUGAAAUGCCGGAAAACCCUUACGGAGAACCCCCCGCGAUCCCGCCACGGCCCCACGCUGAUUCCCAGUUCACCAGCUCUGACGAGGAGACUGGCUCCAAACGUUACACGAAGCUCUACGACUCGAACGUGUACGCGCCGAAUAACAAAAGCCUCCUCCCGUACGCAAGCGACGACGACCGCUCGUCCUUGCCUCGCCGGAAGCCCGGGCACCAGGAGGACCAGUUGAGGAAGUUUAAUUCUUAUGGAUCGUUGCUCAUUUCCGAUGACGUGGAGUUCUCCAGAGAAGCCGGGCCGAGCUACCAGUAUUUGCCCGGAGAAAGGCCGGGCUUCAGGGCCCCAAGUCCUGCUGUUUCAGCCAACGGUGAGAGAUUGGUGAACAAUCUGAAUGAAAGAAGUCGGGGGAGCUUGGAUCACAAGCACCCGGAAAAGCCGUGGCCUAAUGCCGGAUAUAAUUCCACAAAUUUGCUGCAGCCGGCGGCCAGAGCUUCCUCUGUCACUGAUAUAUCAUUGAAGCCGGGCGAAGCCAGUGAGAUAGACACCAAGCCUCUUUCAUCCGUGGAUUCCCUGAUUAGUAAAUUCGAUGGCAGUGGCGGGCAGCAGAGGGGAAGAACGGCGAGGCAUAAUCGGAUCUCGCCCGAAGAACGCCGGCGUUCGCGGAGCCUCGAUAACCGAAAACCGCAGCUGGACGCGAGGAGAGAAGUUGAGGCUAACCAUGGGUAUGAGACCAGUGAUAGCCAAAAGCCUUACCGCUCCAGUGACAUAAUGGAUGUCGGCAGAGACUUCCAAUCUGCCAGGAUCUUGGAGACCAAGCCUGUCGUGGCCACGAAGGAGUCUCUCUCCCCGAUCCAGUUCACGUCUCAGUCUUACGGUUCAGAUAAAGGUUACACCACUGGAUUUCGGAACAAAGACCAAGGGCUCCUUCCGGCCUUCAAUGCAUCCAGCCUCCCAAGGAAAUGGAACCAGAACCAAAUGGAAAUUGAACCCAUCGUGGAGAAGGAUCAUAAAGCUGUCGUCUUUGCUGAACAGAAUAUAGAGUUAAAAUGCACCCCUGACCUUUUGAGGGACCAGAAAGCGCACUCUCCUGCCAGCGAGGAUCUUACAAAGCAAUUAAUUUUCGGCCUACUAAAGGAAGGGAGUGUUGAAAGUGAUAAUUUCUUGAAGAAGAAAGCGAACCUUGUCUUUGACAAACUGCAAGAUACCAAAUAUACAGAGUUAUCGCCUGAUAUUGGGAGGCUUGCUGCUCAGAAGAAUGAUUUGGAGAAGAAGGUCACUGGAUUGCAGCAAAAACUGGAAGAACAAUUAACAAAUCGUCAGCGGGUGGGCUCUGCGGCGGAGGAUGCGAACACGAUGGUACUGCAGGACAUGCGUCUGCAGCUGGAGGAGAGCGUUGAGGAGCGGACGCAGUUGCACUCGCUGUACCAGAAGAAUAGGAAGGAACUCCAGCACCAUAUUGAAGAUUCGAUGUCGUUGAAGAUGGAGAAGGAUACGUUGGAAGCGGAGAUGAGAGAUUUACAGGAAGAAAUGUUGAUAUUGCAGAAGGAGCUGAGGAGUGUCCGAAAUUCUGCAGAAGAUGAUGAAGACCAAGAAGUCUUACAAGAGUUGACAAGGACCAAAGAGGAGCUGGAUAUGGUAGCCACUGCGAAAAAGACCACGGAAGACAUCCUGAGGCAGAGGGAACGGGAGCUGACAGCGCUGAAGGGGGUUCUGAAGGAAGAAGUCAGCAGCCAUGAUAAAGCGAUGGAAGAUCUUACAGCCCAGUAUCAGAAGGAUAUGGAGCAGCUGAGGAAAAAUAUUGAUGAGGUAUCUCGGAAUCAGCAGAAUAUCGAAUCGGAGAAGCAGAAGGUGAACUCGACCGUGCGGAACCUGCAACGUCAGCUGCAGGAGAGCACAGAGGAGAGCGGCCACUGGAAGGAGAUGUUUCAGAAAAACCGCGAGGAGUUGCGCAAUAGCAAGCAAGAGCUGCUGCAGAUAAAGAUGGAGAAGGAGGAAUAUGAUGAAGAACUGCGGGAUAUGCGCGAUCGUUACUCCGCGCUGCAGGGCGAGGUGGACCACGUGAAGCAGACCUCGGCCGAUAUGGCUGGCAUGGAAGCGCUCAAAAAAGACCUGGCCAAAACCAAGAAGGAUCUGCAGGACUUGACGGCUGUUCAUGAACUCCAAAAGGCACUAAUGCAACGAAAAGAGAAGGAAUGGUCUUCACAGAAGGAGACGUUAACUGAAAAGACUGCAGACCAUGGCAAAGUGCUGGAGGAAUUGAAGAAAAGCCAUCACAAAGAGAUGGAGACACUUCGGAAGAGCUGUGACCUCAUAGCGGUGGAGAAACAAAGCCUAGAAACUGCAAAGGGGGCUACGGAACAGGCAAGGAAAGCAGCGGAUUCUACCCUGAAACAACUGAGGCUGGACAAUGAGGACCUGAAGAGGAAGGUUUCGCAGAUGGACUUCCAACUGGGAGAAUGCCGGGAUAUGCUGGAGGAAUUUCAGGGCACCGAGUCAAGGCUGAAAGACAAAAUAGCCAGACUUGAGAUGGAGCGAAAACAGAUGGAAGAAUCUCUGGGAGAAGCCACUGACCAAGAGCAGGAAGUUGCCGUGGCAAAGAGAGUGCUGGAAAACCGUCUGGAAGAAACUCAGCGGAACCUGAACAGGGUUACACAAGACCACCAAGAGUUGAACGUGCGUUUGCAGGAUGAGAUGAGGCAGAAAGACCAACUGAAGAAGGCCAAGACUGAACUGGAAGAACAAAAGAGAGUUCUGGAUAAAACGGCCGAAAAGCUCCAGAAAGAGGUGGAGACCAUCGCCGAGCAGUCGGGAAGCUCGGUGGUUUCUCUGCAAUCCCAGCUGGAGGAUCACCGGGAUAAGUCGCGUCGCGAGUUGCUGGAACACCAGCGACAAGGAAAGGAGAAGACCCUGGAGCUGGAAAAGGCAAACAUGACCGUCAAGAGACUACAAGAAGAGGUGCAAGCCACAAGUUCAUAGGAGCGGAAUUAGGCCAUUUGGCCCAUCAAGUCUACCCUGCCAUUCAAUCUAUCUUUCCCUCUCAA